AAGACUGGACAGGCCAGACAGGAUUGGUCCUUUCCUCCUUCAGCCUACCUUGGUUAGUCGGAACGCGUCGACGGGUUCUUCCACUUUUCACGCAUCGCAUCGCGGAACAUGUCAACCGCAUCACAUGCCCUCCCAACUUAUUUCUCUAUAGUCACAUUUUCUUAUAUUCAAUACCGUUUGGUAUUGUAAUUGCAUCCGCCGGCAAGCCCGCAACUUUUGCCGACAAAUCAUCGAAAUCAUCGCACCGAAUUACGGUUAACAUAAACAACCAGGUUCACCAUCAUUUCAUGGCCAGCCACACUUAAUUUAUUGCACAUCUCAUCCCUCCAUAGCCACUUUCACUCAUUCUUAAACUUCAUUUCGUCUUGGCCCUCGAUUCCUCGCCUGACUUUGAUCUCAGUUUUACGCCAUAAUUCUCAUUGACUUGUCUUCGGCGCUAAGAAUACCUAAGGUAUCCAAUAAUGCAACCCCAAUAUCUGUAAUUCCUAAUUGGUUGUGUCCGAAACUUGGUGCUUCCGAGGCAACUACCUAGGUUAGGUACUCAGCAACACUCAUAUAUGCUUGCUUUACUUCCAUAGCAGGAGUUCAGGAGUUUGCCCAAUAAGACUUUAAUAGCGCCUUCAGUCAUUCCUGUAAUUAUCUGACGACUCUAUCUUUAUCUCUAAACCAGGGUGCCACAACACCGUGGUGGGCUGCGCCGAUGUUCUCCUUCAGAGAUGGCAACCAUCACCCCGUACAAACGCGAACUACCUUUCAUCCAUCGAGCCUGGAAAACUGCUGUCGAUCACCUUUCUCCGUACGGCAUGGGAAUCAAGUUAUCGUCAACGAACGGUGACAACAUCGUUAGUGAUGAGCAUGGCUCACGUGCCCCUAAAAGACGUCGCAUAGAGGAUUCCCCGGAGUUGACUCCAAAUGGCGCCGUUAGUCACUUGUUACCUGAGAAUUAUAACGACUUCGAAAAAGCUCUCCGUGUGGAAAUUCUGCAGAUCACCCACAAGGACAGCUCUAACUUCAGAUCCAGCAACCUGUUGAAUGGCACGGGAUCUCCCGCAAAAAAGGACACUCCCACUAUUCGCAUCCGCUGUAAGCUUAGCAUUUUUCGAUUACGCGGGUCAAAGGAAGUUCGUAUCCUUCAUUGCGAUAGUCAGAUAUGCAAUCUAAGGGUCUUUCGAGACGCAGACGAUGUCUGUCGGAGGGCUAGGAUUUAUCUAAGUUCGCCAUUUCACGUCCCAGCAGACAAGAUAUUCGUUGAGCGAGAUGAUGGCAAUGGCUUUAAUCUAGAUGACAGCUAUUUGGUCCAAGCCGAGUUGGAGUCGGCCGGUGAUCCCUAUUGGCCGCCAGUUGACUUACUACCUAAAGAAGAAGCCCAGGGCGACGUCUCGAGCAAACUGCGGCAUUGGGUGUUGACAUCCCAAGUCAUCUACAGAUUUGAAAAACACCGGGCCUCUACGCCUGUUAAGAUCAGGAAACGAGUCGGUCAUGAAAUAGCAACCGAACUAAUGAUGGACAUGGAUCUGAGAUGGUCCACAUGCCAUAGAGCAAGGAGCACCACUGAAGUCGAGGUUUCGCCACCAGAGACCAAAGCAUCAAUCCCCAAAGGCGCUUUAGAGCCGUUGACAAACGGACACGUUAACGGGAGGACAGAUAAUGCAACAAACGGUGUUUUGAAGGAUGAUCAAGAUAUCUUGAUAGAAGAGGACGACGAUCAUGAAGACGCGGCAACCCCUAGUCGUUCUCUAAGAACGCGGGAAAAGCAGAAUUAUAAUCUCAAGUUACUGAGUGACAAGGCUCGAGGGAAAGAGCGUAAAGAACGCAAGCAGCGUAAAUUGGCUGAGAAUAGAAGCCAAAAUGGGCAAGUUACGUGGGUGCUCCCUCAAACCGGGGAAGUCGUACUAAAGAAUUACCAAUGCAUACGAUGCUAUGCGGCUCAUCCAUCCAUGAACCAGCUAGUAGAACAUGUAAAGGUUCAUUAUGAGUUCAAGUAUGACUUUGAUAUGAGCUCCUCUCGCAUCUCGAUCUCUCAUCACGGCCAAGAAACCCCGCGUCGAUCCAGCUCAUGCGUAUUGGACGUUCAAGGUUCAGAAGCUCAGGAGAGUGACUUCGAAGACAGUAUAUCUCUUCAUAGGAACCAGAAGAAUCUAGUGCAGUCAAAGUCUUUCCAAACAUACCUCCCGGGUCGUCCAAAAGAUGGAAAGCAGCUAGUGCCGAAUAAUAAGCAGCCCAUGUACGAUCGUCUCAGCAAAGCGUUGCUCGAGCCAGGAUCGUUGGUUGAUCCGCCAGACAUCGACGAUACUUGGCUGGUACAGAAGCAUCGAGAUAUCAUUCGAGAUUAUAGUGACGUCCAUCAAGAUGAAAAGGAAUACAUCUCAGAAUGGGACGCCUACGUAAAUAAAGAAUGCGUCACCUCAGAGCCUCAUUUACAAGAGGUUUAUCUCAAAUUCAUUCAAGACAAGGCGUCGUGGCUAGCCGCGUCCCAGAGCCGAAUGACGGAAUUUUCGAAGCACUUGAGCUACCUAAAGGCAAGGAAUUCUUUAGUCGAGUCGACUAUCAUUAAGGCGCUUGCAAUUAUGCGGCAGGCUAGAUCUCAGAGGCGCCCUGAGCAACCUGAGGUUACAAAACCACCUUCUCCAAGAACCCAAUAUCGCAAGUCGACGUCAGGAUGUGCUGUCUGUGGCCAACCAGUUCGCGGACCUUCCACACUAAUCUGCUCGAAUUUGGAUUGUGAUAAACCCCUUUACCACAUCAACUGCCUCCGAGGAGACGAGAACAUUCCCACAGGGAGUCGUAAUUGGCGUUGCAAUGAUUGUUGCAAGAAUUAGAGAGCUUUGGACGUGGACGUCGUAGCACGUCGAGCCCCACCGGUGCUUCGAGUUGGAAGCCGGGAAUCACUCUUAGGCGGGUAGUUAAAGGUUGGCAGUUCAACUUAGGAACGCUAAGCCUAGCUCCGAAGGAAAUACGUGGACCUUGUACAUAAUAGGCGAUCUUAAAGCCUCAGUGGCGAUCAAUGUUUGGAUAGGUGGAUAUGAGGCAUCCACAACUUCUCUGUAUCCCAUACUACAUUUAGAAUCUCUUCUAGAGAUGGUGUACUAAACAUACCAUACCUUAGGUAGGUAUACCGAUGGGGUAAUCCACUGCCAUAUGAAUUAAAUAAUUUAGUUAA